AGAGCUUGUCUCCCGCCAAAAACACCACAAACUCGCCGCCAUGAUUUGAGAGGAGCCACAGCAUUCAACCAAAAAUACGACCCCUUUACCACGUAAAACCCCAAUAUUCCCCUCAUAACAUCACAGAAACUUAGAGCACAUCAUGUACAUUAAGCAGGUUAUUAUUCAGGGGUUUAGGAGUUACAGAGACCAAACUAUUAUAGAACCAUUCAGCUCCAAGCACAAUGUCAUAGUGGGACGUAAUGGAUCUGGGAAAAGCAACUUUUUCUUUGCCAUUCAAUUUGUGCUAAGUGCUGACGAGUUUAGCAAUCUAAGACAAGAAGAACGGCAGGCAUUGCUACAUGAGGGGACGGGUCCUCGUGUGGUGUCUGCUUUUGUUGAGCUUAUUUUUGACAACAGUGAUAAUAGACUGCCGAUUGAAAAAGAUGAGGUGUCACUUCGACGGGUUAUUGGUGCCAAGAAGGACCAAUACUUCCUGGACAAGAAGAAUGUUACCAAGUCAGAUGUGAUGAAUCUCUUAGAGAGUGCUGGCUUCUCUCGUAGCAAUCCAUACUACAUUGUCAAGCAAGGCAGGAUCAAUCAACUUGCAGUUGCUAAAGACAAUGAAAGGCUGAAGUUGCUGCGCGAGGUGGCUGGCACGAGGGUCUAUGAUGAGAGAAAAGAAGAGAGCAAGCAGAUCCUGAAAGACUCUGAAAACAAGAAAGAAAAAAUUGAGGAGUUACUAAAAUACAUAGAGGACAGAUUACAGACUUUAGAAGAAGAAAAAGAGGAACUUAAAGCAUACCAAAAGUGGGAUCGUGAGAGAAGGUGCCUUGAGUACACUAUACAUGACAAAGAGUUAAGAGAUACUAGAGAAAAACUGGAAGAAUUGGAAGGUGUGCGGCAUGAAGAAUCCACCAGAGCUGGGGACUUGCAAAAAGAGGUCACUCAAGCUAGUGAAAACAUAGAGAAAUAUUCUCAGUCUAUUCGGGAUUUGGGCGAGAAAGAGAAUGUCUUGACCUCAGAAAAGAAACAAUUAGAAGAGGAGUGCCAAGAAAACAUCAAGCAAAGGACCAAACUAGAGUUAGAUAUCAAGGACUUAGAGACAUCGGCAUCUGAUGAUGCUACUACCAAGGAAUCAUAUAGAGAGGAGCUAGAGAGGCUUCAAGGAACCAUCAGCCAGCAGCAGCAAGAAUUGGACAAUUUGCUGCCAAGUUACAAUGAGUACAGAGCUGAGGAAGAGCAAUGCACAUUAAGGCUUAGCGCAUGUGAACAGCGCCGUACAGAGUUGUAUGCCAAGCAAGGCAGGAAGAACCAGUUCAGUUCGAAAGAAGCAAGAGAUAAUUGGAUAAAGAAGGAAAUGAAGUCCUUAACCAGUACAGUAGCCAAGAAAGAAUCUCAGAUACAAGCUUUACAACAAGAAACAGAACGUCUUCGCUCAGAGUUCCAAAGGCUUGAAACAGACAUCAAGGAAAGAACAGAUGAUCUUGAGCAGAGAAGGAGUAGUAUUGAGCAAAACAAUAAAGAAUACUCAGAACUGAAAAGAAAAAGAGAUGAGCUUACCAAUACACGAAAAGAGUUGUGGAGGCAGGAGGCUGCAAUGGAGCAGACAAUCAACACAGCUCGUGAAGAGUUGUCAAAAUCAGAGCGUGGCUUGAAGGGCACUGUAAAUAAAGGUAUCAGUAAUGGAAUAGAAACUGUGAAGAAGAUAAUGCAAGAGAAGAACUUACAAGGGGUAUAUGGUCCUUUAAUUGAAAACUUCACCUGUAAUGAGAAGUUCUUCACUGCAGUAGAGGUCACAGCUGGUAACAGGCUAUUCCACAUCAUUGUAGAUACAGAUAAGACAGCUUCUCUGAUUCUUUCAACCAUGAACAGACAGAAGAUGCCUGGAGAAGUCACAUUCAUGCCUCUAAAUAAAGUCAAAAUCAAACCCACCAAUUUUCCUAAAUCUGAUGAUGUGAUGCCUAUGAUAAGUAAGCUCAACUUUGAUGACACUCUUAGGCCAGCCAUGGAACUGGCAUUUGGGAAAACACUGAUAUGCCGUGACCUGGAUGUUGCCACCCAGUAUUCAAAGAGUGAGAACCUGGACUGCAUAACCCUGGAUGGUGACCAGGUCAGUAGGCGGGGUGCCCUUACUGGUGGCCAUUAUGAUACUCGCAAAUCCCGCUUGGACCUGCAGAGGACAAUAUGGUCUAGCGGCAAGAAGGUGGAGGAUGAGGAGGUUCAGCUGCAAACAAUCAAGACAAGCUUGGAAGAAAUUGAUGGUCAAAUCACCACAGUAUUAGGAAAACUACAGAAAGCAGAGACCAGACAAGUCCAGCUAAGGGAAACAUACGAGAAGCAGAAACUUGAUGUACGAGCAAUGACACAAAGCAAAGAGAGGACAGAACAAGCCCUUAAAGCGAAGGAAAGCAAGCUCUCCACAUUAGAGACAGACUUGGGUGCAAUGAGGAGCUCUCUUAAAUCGUGGAACGAUGAACUUGGCACAGAGUUGCUUUCCCAACUUACAUCACAGGACCAGGAGGAGGUUGACCGAAUAAACCGUGAUAUCAACGACUUGCAGGAGAGACUUCGUACCUCAGUCACAAGGAGAACAGAGCUUGAAGCAAGGAAAAGCCAUCUUGAGAAUCAACUGAAUAAUAACCUGAUCCUCAGGCGAAACGAACUCAGUCAGGCUCUGGAGGAAAUCUCUAUAGAAGACCAGCAGCAACAGCUGGAAACGCGCCGGGCAGACCUUAAAGCUGUUGUACAUGUUGUCAAAAAAGCAAGAGAACGAUUAAAAGAGCUAGAAAGCGAGGUCAGCCAUGUAGCAAAGAAAAAGACAAAAGCUCAAACAAAACUUGAAGAGUGGAAGGUUAUUGAGAGGUCUCGGCUAGAAGCUAUCCAAGAAGAUGCAAGAUCUCUUGAAAAAAUUGCAAACAAGCGCAGCCUUCUUGUCAAAAAGAAAGAUGAAUGUAUGAAGAAGAUACGCGAGCUAGGCUCCCUACCAUCAGAUGCUUUUGACAAAUUCCAGAAGACUGCCUUGAAAACGCUCUGGAAGAAGCUCCAUCAUUGUAACGAGGAAUUAAAGAAGUACAGCCACGUGAACAAGAAAGCGCUUGAUCAGUUUAUCAACUUCUCCGAGCAGAAGGAGAAGCUUAUGAAGCGCAAGGACGAGCUGGACAAGGGCUACGAGGCGAUCGUGGACCUAAUGGAUGUGCUUGAAAUGCGUAAACACGAAGCAAUCCUCUUUACCUUCAAGCAGGUGUCUAAGUACUUCAGCGAUGUAUUUGAGAAGCUUGUACACAACGGCAAAGGGACCCUCGUCAUGAAGACAGAUCCGAUUGAGCACCAGGACGAUCCCGAUAGCCAGUCUAGCAGCCAAGCAUCUUCUCAAGGCUCUGUUCCUCUCGUUGACACCUUUACAGGCGUUGCCAUCAAGGUUUCUUUUACUGGAAAGGCAGCAGAAACCCGAGAAAUGAACCAACUCUCUGGCGGACAGAAGUCUCUAGUUGCUCUUGCAUUAAUAUUCGCGAUACAGAAGUGCGAUCCUGCACCUUUCUAUCUGUUCGACGAGAUCGACCAAGCUCUCGACCCGCAGUUCAGAAAGGCCGUGGCAGAAAUGAUUCGGAACUUGGCAGUCAAGGCACAGUUCAUUACAACAACAUUCAGACCCGAGCUGCUCGAGUCAGCAGACAAGUUCUACGGGGUAAAAUUCAGGAAUAAAGUCAGUCACAUUGAUGCUAUCACGCUAGAACAGGCUAAAGACUUUAUCGAAGAUGAUGAUCAUGGUAAAUGACCAACAAUGCCACAAGCUAAAUAGUGAAUACCGUCACAGUGUCUGUCUCAAACUAGGUGGCCAGGAUAGAUAGUGGAUAACAUCACAACGUAUUAUCGUUCUCAAGCAAGUGCUCAAUAUACGGCACAACAAAAAAGUAUCACUAUAGCCUUUAGUGUGCCUAGUAUGACCACGCCAUAGCCUGCAUGCAUGACAUUUUCUCUUUAAAAUGAAAUAUUAGCGUUUCUGACAAAUUCAUUGACAACUAAACGUCCUGGUAUCUUUUGUUGCGUUAAAUCUUGAUUAUCGGAGCUAAUUCAGUGCAUAAUCGCGCUAUAGUUUUUAGUCGGGAUUCCUGUGGAGGAAUCCUCGAGUUGAGAAUUCGCGUUUGUUAUUUUUAUUUUGCUUGGAGUGACCUAGGGCCUUGGAUUGACCUACUGUUACCUAGGGCCUUGGAGUGACCUACUGUUACCUAGGACCUUGGAGUGACCUACUGUUACAGUGAAAACCUGCGUAUAAGAUGUCAGGUCAAGUUCUUAUACGCAGGCUUUUACUGUAGCUUAUCUAACUGUUGCACAGAUAUAUUUAAACAGCUCCAGGAUUAUCGUUUAAGGUGCACAAAUGUAAUUUUGUUCUGAAAUAAUCUCUUUAAUGUUGCUUAAACAAUUCGAAUAAUAUACAUGGUUUCAAGCAUGUUUUCCGACUCUUGUAUGUUGAAGUUUCUUACUUUAUAUUGUUACAUUUUGAAGUUUACAUCCCCUUGUAAUAUUUCCUGUAAGAUCUUAGUUUUAUACAUAAAUUAUUUAAAACUUUUAAGUCAUAUUUGAUGUAUUGCAAUACAAACUUUCUCGAAUA